AUGUCCCUCAGACCUACUCUGAUCCGCUGUGUGGCCUCCGCAGAGCCAGCUACUGCUGAUCCUAAAACCAAGAGGUGGCCUGCGGAGCAGCCAGCCCAGAACCAAGGAACUUCGGCCACCAUUCACAUCCAUGGCCUAAGUUCUUUAAUAGCACAGCAUUUUCUUGUUCCAGAUGAUGGCAAAUUAUCCUUCGAUGAAUUUGAGGCUUACUUAGCUGAUGGAGUUCUGAGUGGAGAAGAACUCCAUGAACUUUUUCAUGCCAUCAAUACGCACAAGACUGACAAUCUUGACACAGAAGAGCUCUGUGACUAUUUUUGCCAGCUAGGAGAGUAUGGAAAUGUUCUGUCUAUCUUGGAAGACUUAUUAAAUAUCACCGUACUGAAGGCAAUGGAGAAAACAAAGAAAGAAAGUAAAAGUUGUGGGGACUACCAGGAAGCUUCCGAGGUGGAGCCGUUUGUGACCCGCUUUCUCUGGAAGGAAGCGCAGAACCAGCUUCAGUCUCUGCAGAGCUCUCCGGGGCGCGGGAUGGAGACCCCGGAGGAGCAGGAGACACAAGGCUUAACAAAACCAGAAGUGCUCUUGGUUCAAUGGUCGGGAAAACGUUCAGCUCGAAGGCUUCUAAGAAACAACAGCCUAUCGUCAAACAGCCCUCAUUUUGACACAGGUUGGACUGAGGAAGACAAUCAGUGAAUAAUCCAGAUAAACAGACUUCAAAAGCUGAUUGACAGAUUGGAAAGGAAGG